UGUAUGUCAGGAUUUAUCAUGGCGCUCGGAACGCUUCAGCACGACCAUCCAUUUGAGCGUCUAAUCGACACUCUCCGGUGUGAAAAAUAUGAAGAGCGGAGAUACUUCAACCCACAGAAGCUCAGUGAUGCUAGAUAUGAGAAACUUCCGUUCUGCAUGCGGGUUUUGCUUGAGUCUGCGAUUCGCAAGUGUGACGGGUUCUACGUGAAGACUGAGGAUGUCACCAAUAUUCUGGACUGGCAGACGCAGCAGAACCAGACUGAGGUUCCGUUCUUACCCGCCAGGGUUCUGCUGCAGGACUUUACGGGAAUUCCUGCAAUGGUGGAUCUGGCAGCCAUGAGAGAUGCUUUAGAUAAGCAGGGAGUCGAUCCAAACCUGGUGAACCCCAAAUGCCCCACAGACCUCAUCGUAGAUCAUUCACUGCAGAUCGACUACAGCAAAUGUGCCAUCCAGACCCCUCUGACCCCCGUGGAGGACAGAUCUCCUGCCAGUCGGCCAUCUUCCCGUGGCAGCAGUAGUAGCACUCAGUGUGGGGGUAACCGACUGGGUCAGAGGGGUGGCUGUAGUAAAGCCUCGUGCUCUGAUGCCCCCAGUGGCCGAACCCCAGCAGUACAGAUAGAGAACACACCACUCCUGUGCCCCUUCCACUUACAGCCUGUGUCAGAGCCUGAAACGAUGAUCAGAAAUCAAGAGCUGGAGCUGAACAGGAACAAAGAGAGACUGCAGUUCUUCAAGUGGUGUUCAAAAGCCUUUAAAAAUGUCAACGUAGUUCCGCCAGAUAUUGGAGCUGUACACCAGGUGAACCUAGAGUACCUGUGUCAGGUGGUACAGGAAGAGGAGGGGUUUAUUUAUCCAGACAGCGUAGUGGGAACAGAUUCCCACACCACCAUGAUCAACGGCCUUGGAAUCCUGGGCUGGGGUGUUGGAGGUAUUGAAUCAGAGGCAGUCAUGUUAGGUCAGCCAGUGUCUUUGACUUUGCCACAGGUCAUUGGCUGUAAACUUGUUGGCUCCAUCCAUCCUCUUGCCACUUCUAUUGAUAUUGUCCUGGGCAUCACAAAGUACCUGCGUCAAGCUGGAAUCAGCGGGAAGUUUGUGGAGUUUUUCGGACCCGGUGUGUCACAGCUCUCGGCUCCUGAUCGGACCACCAUUGCUAACAUGUGCCCGGAGUACAACGCCACCGUCAGCUUCUUUCCUGUGGAUGACAUCACCCUGGAGCACUUUAAACACACCCUCUGCAGUAAAGAGAAGCUUGUGGUAUUAGAAGACUACCUGAAGGCUGUGAAACUCUUCAGAAGCUAUGACGACCAAUCAGAAGAGCCGCAGUAUACAGAGGUAAUUGAGAUGAAUUUAAGCUCCAUCGUGCCUCACAUCAGUGGACCCAAACGGCCGCAGGACAGAGUGGCCAUAACGUGCGUGAAGGAAGACUUUAUUAACUGCUUGAAUGAGAAGGUGGGAUUUAAGGGCUUCCAUGUAUCCAAAGAGAAGCAGGAAACUCUGAUCCCUUUCUUGCAUGAGGGGGUGGAGUACAGUCUGGCUCACGGGUCUGUCGUCAUUGCAGCCAUCAUCAGCUGCACCAAUAACUGCAACCCAUCUGUCAUGCUGGCUGCAGGUCUGUUGGCGAAGAAAGCCGUUGAGGCUGGACUAUCAGUAAAACCGUAUAUCAGAACAAGUCUGGUGCCCGGCAGUGGAACUGUUACACAUUACCUGAACACCAGUGGAGUCUUGCCCUUCCUCAGGAAACUCGGGUUUGAGGUGGCUGGUUAUGGAUGUUCCACUUGUGUGGGAAACACAGUGCCUUUACCUGAGAGUGUGGUGGACGCCAUUAAACAGGGUGAUUUGGUGGCAUGUGGCGUGCUGUCUGGGAACAGGCAUUUAGAAGGACGCAUGUGCGACUGCGUUCGGGCUAAUUAUUUGGCCUCACCCCCACUGGUGGUGGCGUAUGCAAUCGCAGGCACCAUCAGCAUUGACCUGGAGACAGAACCGUUGGGUGUGAACUCUGAAGGGAAGGACGUGUAUUUGAGGGAUAUCUGGCCGUCUAAAGAGGAGGUGCACCACACAGAGGAGAACAUUGUCAUCGCCUCCAUGUUCAAGGAGCUGAGGAGCAGGAUGGGGAAAGGAAAUAUGUUCUGGAACGUUUUAGACUCUGCAGAAUCGCCCCUCUUCCCGUGGGAUCCCAAAUCCACCUACAUCCGCUGUCCAUCCUUCUUCAGUAAACUGUCUAAUGAGGUGUGUUUCCCUCAGUCCAUUGACAAUGCUCACGCUCUGCUCUUUCUGGGUGAUAAAGUUACGACUGAUCACAUCUCUCCAGCCGGUAGUAUUGCUAGAGUCAGUCCUGCUGCCAGAUACCUGCAGAACAAAUGUUUGACCCCUCGUGAGUUUAACUCUUAUGGCGCACGGAGAGGAAACGAUGCGGUGAUGACUCGAGGAACGUUUGCCAGCAUAAAGCUCCAGAACCGCCUCAUCAGAAAGACCGGACCCAAAACACUGCACAUUCCAUCAGGACAGACGCUGGAUGUGUUUGAAGCUGCUGAGCGCUAUCAGAGAGAUGGAGUUCCUCUCAUCAUCCUGGCAGGAAAGGAGUACGGCUCAGGCAGCUCACGGGACUGGGCUGCUAAAGGACCCCAUUUAAUGGGGGUGCGUGCUGUGAUAGCAGAGAGCUUUGAGAAGAUUCAUAAGAACCAUUUAGUGGGGAUGGGCAUCGCUCCACUGCAGUUCCUGCCAGGACAGAAUGCAGACUCACUGGAGCUGUGUGGAAAAGAGCGAUUCACCAUCAACAUCCCACAGGAGCUCACACCCAGACAACAGCUUACAGUAGAGACGAGCACAGGGAAGAGUUUCAGCGUGGUGGCUUUACUCGAGAACGAGAUCGAUAUGGUGUUUUUCAGAAACGGAGGCAUCCUGAAGUAUGUGGCUCGCUCUUUGCAACAGUAGAAAACCUAUUUGACUUAUAGCCACAAAGACACGACGUGGACCUCUUAUCAGCAAAGCGCCACCAAGUGGCCUUCCGUAGGUGAAUGAACUCUGAAAGCUGUGCCUCUAAUUUGCCCAAUCUUCCGCUCCAGAAGGACGUCAUUCUUGCACUUAAAUGUUCAGCGUUUGUUUUCGACUCAUUCUCUCCACAUAUCGGCAUAAUGGAAACCCUAAAGUCUAUUUGUGGAGUCAGAGCUUUAGGUAGUUCAGAUAGAGCUUUAAUUUAGGUAGAGCUUUAAUUUCAUAUUGCAGCGCCUGCAACAUGUGUCAAGAUACUUUCUGUCCAUGUGAACGCAUCGAGUGUUGGGCUCAAAUACUGCAUGAUGACUUCAAUGUCGACGAGGGCUCUGAUCUCAAAAAAGGCUUCGUUCUUCUCUCAUGGUGCUGAUUUUAACAGUGAAAGUGUCCACACAUACAAAACACGUCCAGCAUCUCCCAAGCACACUGUUCUGCAUGAGUGUCCACAUCUUGCCGUCACGACAGCAAACCACUAUGUGUUUGAUCCGAUCCAGUUAAAUAUCAGUUUAUUUAUUAUUAGCGUCCCUUUAAUGUCUGCUGUUUCUGAGAGUAUUAUAUUGAUGUUGAUGAUGAUGAUGAUGAUGAUGAUUAAAUUGAGAUAUUAGAUGAAUCUCAUGAAACCUGUCAAGAACCAAAUAUAUGAAGUUCAAUUUUGUUUAAAGAAAUUCUCUUUACCGUAAUGUGAAAAACCUAUAUAUUAUUUAAAUUGAAAAGUGUGUGUAUAUAUAUAUAUAUCUUUACAUUCAUGAAUUUGGCAGAUGCUUUUAUCCAAAGUGACUUACAGUGCACUUAUUACAGGGACAAUCCCCCCGGAGCAACCUGGAGUUAAGUGCCUUGCUCAAGGACACAAUGGUGCUGACUGUGGGGAUCGAACCAGCAACCUUCUGAUUAACAGUUCAGUGCUUUAGCCCACUACACCACUACCACUCCAUAUAUAUGGUGUAUGUAUAUAUAUAUAUAUAUAUAUAUAUAUAUCUCUCUAUAUCACGGUAGCAUUUGUUGUACAUGAGAAUUUCCACUUGAAAAUCAUAAAAACAACUGAAGGUUAAAACGUCUGGACGCAUUAAUUCAAUGAGAAUUUGAAGAGGAAAUAUUUUAACUUUCCGUAUACAUUUUUUUUUCUCUCUUGAUUUUGGGGUGACAUAUAAAUUGGACAUGUUUUCAUGAGUUUCCCCCAAUUACUGUUGGCCAAGCAUUAACAUCAUCUGAUAUAUUAAUCUAAACGUCAUUUAAAAAUUCUGUUUGCCUUUAAAGACUAAUUGGGCUGUGCUGUCCUGCAGUGCUUUGGCUAAAUUCAUGUUCUGUAUGUGAAGUCUGUAUGCAACUCAUAGCAUAUGAAUGAACUAUACAGUAGAAUAAAUAAAUGUAAUUCUUUUCUUAACUAUGCUUUUACUGUAAAUAAUUUGUAUUAAACAGUGACAUGAGCAUGCUGCGUUUGUCUCUUGAUGCAAUUAUAAUACCUUGUGUCCACCACAUAUGACAGCAUAGAUAUUUUAAUUUUGCGUUAAUUUUAUUAUUUUAAUUUUGUGUUUUUAGAAAUUAACAAGCCAGCAAAGAUUUGUAUUACUUUGUGGCUUUUAAGAAUGUAAUUUAAAAAU